AUGAGAUUCUUGCAGAGUUCAGCUCUUUGUUAUGCAGCAGCGUCCUUGCGUCAUGCCUCAUCUGCGCGUCGUUGCGUAGAGUCACCAUUGCGUCUGUCGGAUGCGCUGAAGCAGAGUGGCAACGGCACCGUUGGAUUGGAGCUGCACCUCCCGCCACUCUCCUGUACGGCGUUCGCAGGGGCGAGUGAGAUGAACCAAGGACUGCGGAAGGCAACUGCAACGCUAGACACGGUUUUACGCGCCUCUGCGGAUAAGGCGCUUUCACUUGACUAUGUUGCGUUACGCUGUGGCGCUGCUGUCCCGAGUGGGGAGUCGUGGACGCAGCAAGCGUGCCACUUGGCGUUAUCUUUUAUGCGCGAGGUGACUGCGCAUGCACUCGCGAUGGUACCGGUGUUGUUGGUAGUCCCUGUCACUGCAGCGAACACACUGCCCAUGGCGUACCUUGGCGGUAUGUUUGAAACACUUCACCGUGUUGGCUUGACAAACGUGCUGCUUGAGCUGCCUCACCCAACUCUAGCAGCUGUGAGUCCCACGGCGAACGGUGCUUUGCAUGAGGUGCCGCUUUUUCCCAUGAAUGCUGCGGUGGGCGGCUGGCAGUCGUUGCUACACGCAGCGGACAGCCGCAUUUUCUCACAGCGGAUGCAGCCCAUGCCCAUGACAGCGCUAUUUCCAUGGAUGGUGGCGGAAGAGUUUCUCAGCCGUUUUUGUGUGGGACUCUCUGUGGACGUACAUGCAUCGCUGCGGUCGUUGGCCCAUCUGGAAAAAGGCAAGAGGGAGGGCAAUGAUCUGGAAAUGGGCUGUUCCUCGGGCCCAAAAGGCAAAAAAGAGGAUACGGAAAGAGCAAUGUGGGAGAGAAUACUAAAAUCCCAGCGAAGCGCGAGGGAUGAGGGCGGCUUUCAACAGCUAUUUCGGGAACAGCAACAACAACAGCAUCAGCAGCAGCAGAACCAAGAACUUCAGAUGAGACCUUCUCCGAGUGCAAGCGAGGAUAGCACGCUUACCCUUGACGUACCGUCAAAGGAGUUCUCUAGUAUGCUCCUAGCUCAGCAUGAAUCCUUUCUAGCUGCGUCGGGUGGAGGUGGUGGUGGUGGCGGCGACGGUGGUGAACAGGAUGCAAUGCUUCUGGCACAAUUCCUUCAACAAACUCCUAAAGGUCAUGCAAGCAACAAAACAGCCGGAUUUGGUGAAGAGAAAGCGGUACCUGAAGAGCACAAGUCCGCGAAAUCAAUGAAUACAACAACGAAUGGCAGUGACACCAAGCGACAAGAGCAACGAAGUGGGUAUGCUUACUGGCAGGUAUUGGGUGAGCUUACCAAGUGUGUCGGAGCACAGUACCUCUGCAUGGCGCCGUGUAUUAAUCCUGCAGCACUUGAGGCAUGGCAAAAAGCCUACGCCGCUGAGUGUACACCAAGUGGCAAAACAGAGAGGGGGGAUGAUGUGUUACCCUCGCCAGUGGCUUCGCUGCCCCUUGUGAGUGCAGUAUGGCCGCUCCUUCGCCCCACACAGCUUGAGAGUGCGAGUCAAAGCGUGGAUCUACCUGCAGAAUCAGCGACAGGAACAAUUAGGGACGACGAUCUCUCAGAUGCACUAAAUUUGUUUCCACAAGAAGUGUUGCAGGAGCUCCGGCACGCUCUGCGGGAGAUCCCCCCUGCACUUCGUGGCGAGGUUCUCCGUCCGGCAACGCGGCCGAGGAGAGAAACACAGAUUCAUUAUGAAGAGAAAACUGUGCGUUUGCGCUGUUGCAACGGCAAUUACACUGACGACAUUUGGAACAUGAUUGGUGCCUGUGUGGCAGUUCGUCAUGAGGUUCUUUCUGAACUUCCCUAUAAACAGGCGACUCGCAUCCGUGCAGUAGAGGAAGGUUUUCGCUGUGGGCCGAUGAAGCGGGCGCUUGACAACAUGAAGCAGUUUCUUCGCGCAGGAUACGUUGGGGGACGCCAUCAUCGCCAUCUUUUGCUCUCCGUGCCGCGUGACACAGAGUUGUCGGUUUUGUUGGAGUCACUUGACCUUCUUUGCGGUCAGAGUGCUUGA